AUGGCUGGAAAUUAUUACCGACUGCAUUCGAACGACUUUGGUCAUGCGAGGUCCCCAAAGCGCAUUAGGGAAACUGAAGAAUUGGAUCGUGUUUUCCGAGGGACUGUCGAAGCCCAUCAUCAAAAGCUGCUGAAUACUGAAAGCGAACAUUGGAAAAAUAUUCUUGAGCACUUAAUAGCAGUAAUUCAUUUCCUGGGUCAGCACUGUCUGCCUUUGAGAGGAAGUACAGAUACACUCAUUCAGCCUGACAACAGAAACUUCUUGAAACUUGUUGAAUUAUUAGGAAAGUUUGACACUGUGAUGAUGGAGCACCUGCACAGAACAAAGCAAGGUGAGAACAAGGGUCAUCAUUAUCUUGGAAAAGAAUCAAAUAAUUCAUCUUAUUAG